AUGGAAACUAUAGGGGCAAUCAUUAUUGAAGCCGGUAAAGGUUUUACCAUCUUCUUCUGGUCAAAGAUUGCUCCUCUGAGAAAUCUCCAUGGUAAAAUCAAAGCUCUCCAGACUGAAUUACAAGAACUCAUUGCCCGAAAGGAUGAGAUUGAAGAAGAUAUUAGAAUAGCUGAAUCAGAAGGGAAGUGUCCUACAGCACAAGCUAAGGAGUGGCUCAGAAAGGUUCAGGAGAUUCAACGCGAUGGGCAACAAAUCCUGGAGGAGAGUGACAGAAUUGCAGUCCAAGGUUGCGGCCUGGGCUGCAAUAUACAUUUGCGCCAUCAAGUGGGUAGAAAUGUGGCGAAGAAGAGAGAUAAGGUGAAGCAACUGAUAGACACAUGCAAUUUUCAGCAUGUGGCAACUGAUAAGAAAUCUCCUAUACCAGCUGUUCAGAGUACAGUGGUGAGUAACUUGAACAACAAGCUGGAGGCCUCAUCAGUUCUGAAGGAAUCCUUCAAUAUUGUUAUCUGGGUCACAGUCCCCAGGGACCUGGAUUUGAGAAAGAUUCAAUCUCAGAUUGCUGAGAGAUUGAGGUUAGAAUUGGAUGCGGAAGAGACCGUAGAGCAAAGGGCUGGAAGAUUGUUUGAAAGAUUAAGGAUGAAAAAGAAGUUUCUCCUCAUUCUAGAUGAUGUUUGGGAGAAAAUUGAUUUAGACAUUGUGGGAAUUCCACAUGACCAAGUUAAUUGUAACUGUAAGAUCCUACUGACAACUCGUUCUCUUGACGUGUGUAGGCAUAUGUUGACGAAUAAAGAAGUGAAGAUGAAUGUUUUGAAUGAAGAAGCAGCUUGGAAUUUGUUUGCAGAAAGUGCAGGAAAUGUGGUCCAGAUAGAGGACAUAAAUCCCUUGGCAAGAGCAAUUGCUAGGAAAUGCUGUGGUUUGCCAUUAGCCAUCAUAACUGUGGGGAAGUCCAUGAGGAACAAAACAAUGAAAGAGCUCUGGAUGAAUGCACUCAGCGAGUUGCAGCGUUCAGCAGCUCAUUUUGGGAGCAUUGAGAAGGAUGUCUAUCAGCAAUUAAAGUGGAGUUACAGCACCUUGCCAAGUAAGGUUCUUCAAUGGUCCUUUUUACAUUGUUCUUUAUACCCAGAAAACUUUUCCAUCGAGACAUCUGAACUGAUAAAAUGCUGGAUUGCUGAUGGAUUGAUUGAUGAAAACCAAACUCGGGAGGAAUCUUUUAAUAAUGGCAUUGCAUUUAUUGAAAAAUUGAAGGAUUCUUGCUUGUUAGAACAGGGUGAAUGCAGUGGAACUGUGAGGAUGCAUACUAUGGUGAGGGAUGUAGCUGUAUGGAUAUCCAAGGAGAAUAGAUUUUUCUGUCAAUCCAGUGUUUCGUUGCAUGAAAUGCCACAAAAGUUUGAGAAAUCUUUCACAAGGAUUUCAUUUAUGCAUAGCAAGAUCACAAAAUUGCCUACUCAAUUAAUGGGCUGCUCUGAACUGACUGUGUUGCUCCUCCAAGGAAAUCCCAUUACACGAAUUCCUGAUAAUUUCUUUUCCGAAGCUAAAGCACUGAGAGUUCUGAAUCUAAGCAGCACUUUCAUAACUUCAUUGCCACCUCUGAUUCACCUAGUGGAGCUUCGGGCUCUUCUUUUGAAAAACUGUUAUUCUCUGGAAAAUCUGCCCUCACUUGGAGCUCUUUGUAAACUCCAAGAGCUAGAUCUCUUCGGUACUCAACUGAGAGAACUACCAAGAGAAAUGGGGAACCUGAGUAGUCUGAGAGAAUUGAACUUGUCAGGCUCCGUGGAAAUCAUCCCAGAUGGGGCUAUAUCAGGAUUAUCUAGUCUUGAGGCAUUGGACAUGUCUUUCAGUGCAUAGAAGGGGGCUCCUAACAGUAAUGCAGAAGGGAGAGCAGGAUUGAAAGAGAUAUUUUCGUGGGAGCAGCUAUCAGUGCUCCACUUACAGCUAGACUCAUUCGAUAAUUUUGCCUUUGAUGCUCAGUGGCUGAGAAGACUGAGAAAGUUUAACAUAUGCAUUGGUCCAAGGAGCAGCGAUUCAAACUAUCUACCCACUCAACAUGAUGAGAAAAGAGUCGUUCUAAGAGGAGUCGACGUCAUGGGAAGAGGCCUUGAUGGAUUGCUGUGGAAUUCAAGUCCCCUGGUCCUGGAAAAUUGUGGUGGCAAAAGUACGCUAUCUGAAUUAUUUGCAAGGAAAAGUUUGUGUGGCCUGCCAGGUUUAAAGUCGCUUACCAUAUCAAGUUGUAGUUCCAUCAUAAGGCUGAUAAGUUGGGAGAAUGUCCUGAGAAGUAUGCUUCCGAAUUUGGAGAGUUUGACCCUUACGCGUUUAAGAAAUUUCGGAAGCAUUUUUGUAGGUGUUGAUGGUGAAGCAAGAAACGGUUUAAAGCAGGUUUCUGAUUAA